UUUCUUGCCGCUAGGGGGCGUCGUUACUCGACUGUUUACGUUUGUUGAGCGAAGGUGAGAGAUAGUAGCCAUGUCGUUUACUUGCAUAACGUGUCGCGUGGUCUUUAACCAUCCCGAAGUUCAAAGGGGUCAUUACAAAUCAGAAUGGCACCGGUAUAACCUGAAGAGGAAAGUGGCGGAACUGCCUCCGGUUACGGAGGAGAAGUUUCAAGAGAAGGAAUCCCAACACAAAACUGUGGAGAUCAAACAGAACCUCGCCACUUAUUGUGGGGUUUGUAGAAAAAACUUCGCUUCGAUAAAUGCUCUCGAAGCUCACCAAAAGUCGAAGAAACAUCAACUGGCCGCCAAGACGCCGGAUAAGGAGGAGUUUAAGAAAGCGAAACGAGAAAUUCGCUUUCGAAGCGACGUAACUAAUAUGACCAGUGACGUCACUUCGUGUGAAGAGGAAGAAGUGAUCGAAGAGGGGGACGACGACGACGACGACGACGAAUGGGAGAGCUGCGAUGAGACCGAAGAGUCAACAGGCGAUGUCUGUCCAUUCUGCGACCGCCGCCAUGGGGACGUCGGAGGUAACCUGCGACACAUGACGCUCCGUCACUCGUUCUUCGUGCCGGAUCCAGAGUAUGUGGUCGACCUUCCAGGACUGAUAUCCCAUCUCAAUCGAAAGGUGACGGAGGACCGCGCUUGCCCCUGGUGCAACAGGUGCUUUGGUUCGGCCAUUGCUGUGCGGCGUCACGUUGCCGACUCCGGACAUGCGAAGAUUGGGCGUGGCAGUGACGGUCUCCUCGAGUAUGCCGACUUCUACGACUACUCUUCCGGCUAUCCCCGGGACGAUCCAGAGGCGGGCCCAGCCCUUUUGGAUGAUGGUGGAUGGGAGUUGGUUCUGCCCUCUGGCACCACAGUGGGCCACCGUUCUCUUGCUAGAUACUACCGCCAGAACCUACGUCCCCAUGACAGACAGAGAGAGGAGAAAUCGAAGAGGUUAAUGCGGGCCACAGCUUCCCGUUACCGGGCCCUGGGGUGGACCAGCUCUGCCGACGGACGUGCCGUCUCUGGGAUCAGAACUGCCGGUUAUGCCACGAGAGUCCGGUCUAGGUGGACCCUGAAAUUGGGACUGCAAAAUAAUAAGCUGCAGCAUCACUUCCGACCCCAAGUGACAUUCUAAGUUUCUCUGCCUGGCCAUCCAUUUUUGGACAGAGUACGGAAAAUAAAUGGACUUAAUUUGUGUAAAACUAGUUUGUCAUAGCAGUGAUGGUCAAAGCAAUGCUAAUCAAUAAAAUGUUUUGUAUCGCAUUAAUGUUGGAUUUUUCAAUUAUUAUUAUUUUAUUUUGAAGUUUCUUGAAAAUUAACUCUGUUCAAAAGAAAUAUUUUCAUUUAUUCCAUCUUAACAAUUUUAACAGUGGAGAUUACAUGUCUUACAAAUUGUCUAGAUGUGAGUUAAAAUUAUUUUAACUGAAAACAAGUUAAAAAUAAAAUUUUUUUGUAAAUUUACUCUAAUCCUGUUUAAAAUUUAUUAUUAGGCAUAACCGAAUGACACAAUUUGUCUAGUAAUUUUCCAAAGUUAAGUUUAGUGAAGAUAAAUAUAUGCUGGUUCUUA